AUGAGUGAAAGGAAAAGAGAUUAUCCCAGCGGCACUGAGAAAAGAAAAAUUAAACAGAAAAGGGACGAGGUUAUAAAAAAAGUGCCCAAAAUUUCUUCAUUUUUUCAGAGACAAGAUACUGUGAGUGAUUUAGAUUGGAAAGAUUCUUCUGAAGCAUGUUCUUCGUCACAUAUCCAUCCGGAAAUAGAAGAAAGCCAAGCACAUACUUUAUCGGAUGUCCAUCCAGAAAUCGAGGAACCCCAAGUCAACGAUUCUGAUAUAUCUGCAGAUAAUGCAGAUUGUAAUAUAAUUUCAUCAGAUAGAGGAAAUUUUGGUGACAAUUUAACUGAAUGCGAACGAAAAAUAAUUUUUAAAUUGGGUCCAUUUAAACCACAAGGACCAUUUCCAAAAGUUUCAGAAAAUAACCGACCUUUUUCAGCUUAUUAUUAUUCAUAUUUCAAUCAGGCAGGCAUAAAAAUUAUAAGACCAUGGUUAUGUUAUUCUAACGUUUUAAACAAACCGUACUGUCACUUCUGUUGGUUAUUAGCAGAUCGUCAAAACAAAUCGUACUCCUCUGCUUGGGUUAACGGUGUUUCGGUUAGAAGCAAUUUCACACAAACUAUUCUUGACCAUGAAAAGUCACAGCAGCACAUUAGUGCCUCACUCUCUUAUAAUAAUUGGUUGCAAGGAAAUACCAUCGAUACUCUAUUGAAAAGUGAAAUCGAUAGUAAAAUUACAUUCUGGAGAGAUGUACUGCAUCGUAUAAUUAAUGUUAUAAUUACUUUAGUAUCUUGUAAUCUACCUUUGAGGGGGCAUGAUUCUGAUUCUGGCAAUUUUAUGGCAAUUUCACGUCUUCUAUCUAACUAUGAUGCAACUUUAAAAGAACUUUUUCUAAAACCGAAAGGUGAAAUAAAUUAUUUAAGCCCUACGAUUCAAAACGAAAUUAUUAGUUUGCUUGGUACUAACGUUAGGAACAGUAUUAUCUCAGAAAUUAAAAAAGCUCCAUUUCUGACAAUAAUUCUGGAUACAACACAAGACUUGUCAAAAAUUGACCAACUAUCUGUAGUUUUUCGAUAUAUCUCGGUUACAGAAAAUGAUGAUAAUGUGCCUAAAGAAAUAAAAAUCUGUGAGUCCUUUUUAGGAUUCAUAGCAGUAACCGAUUGCAGUGCUGCAGGUCUGAAAACUGUCAUUUUAAAUUUGACUAAAGAAUAUGGAAUUGAUUUGACUAAAUGUAGAGGACAGGGAUACGAUGGAGCAAAUGUUAUGUCGGGUGUGUAUGGAGGAUUACAAACCCUAAUAAAAGAGCAUGCUCCAAAUGCCGAUUAUGUUCAUUGUGCUGCGCACGCUUUAAACUUGGUUUUGAACGAUGCUGCGAGACAUGUUCGUGAAGUAUCGACUUUUUUCGAUAAUUUAGAAAAAAUAUAUACUUUUUUUGGCAAUAGUAUAAAACGCUGGGCUAUGCUAAGUGACGAUUCAUCUGAAAAAUAUUUGAUUACCCUUAAAAAGGUCAAGGACGGGCUGUGGACCGCCGCAGGCGGGCAUGACCUGAGGUUCUUGCCUCUCGGGAACGAUCGAUACACGAGAUGUGUA